GUGGAAACCGCUGGCUCCACCUCUUCCUCCCAUCGCUGCCUCCCCACUGGUGUCUCAGGCCCCGCCCCUCAUCUUGACGCAGACCAGCGGGGGGGCGCACCUCCUCCUCACCACACAGAAUAUCUCAGUUGAAGUCAUGAAGAAGCCACUCUAAGUUAGAAUAAACAAUAUUGGAGGUCUUAAAACCUUAAACUUUGUCUUCGAUUUUGGGAUGCUGAGGUGCGGUGAUACGACAGUCGGCCAAUCAGGUACCAGGUUCAAAGGAAGCGCAUGGCUAUUAAGCAGCCGCUCCUGCAGUUAAACAUGCUUGCCACAACUCUUUGGUGUUGACAAACAAAACAAAACAAACAAACAAAAACCAAAAGUACUUUCACCCAAGCCACUACAAGAGAAGGUGACCCAAUGCAGAUGAAGCCUGUCAGCUCCUCUCACAUCUGACUGUAUUUUUCAAUAUUUGAUUUUAUACAUUUAUUGUCUACCGUAUACAGUCCCAGGCCGCCCCAGUUGGUGGCGCACUUCAAAUGAUGGCACGGAAAUGAGGCAUUUGGCUGAGUAAUAUGGGCGGAGCAAAACUAUUAUUGCUAAUGUCAAUGAAAACAAUCCCAAAAAUUGCCGCAAAGGAACAAGGAGCCAUUGGCUACCAGCAGCGGUGCGGGCGUUGACGUGAUCACGACCCAGCGCUCCUCUCGUCCUUACCGAUCGACUUUUGUUGAUCCCUAUCUUAGUCCUUUUCAUGUGUAUCUGUAAGUUAACUUACUAGUGACCUCGCGAUAUGGUUGGCAGUAACUUGAAUCCACGUGAUUAUGACCCCGUGUGAAAAAGUCAUGGUGCCCUAACCUAAGAAAUGCUCGGGCCAUCCUCAGCAGCAGCAACCGAAGUCAGGCGUUUUCUACAACUGCCAAUGAGUCUUUCACAUCUCCGUGGAGAUAUUUGGCCCACACUUACUUGCAGAAUUGUUUGAAGUCACCAACAACGGAGGCUUUUCAAGCAUGGACGGCCCUUUUAAGGUCAUGCCACUGCACCUCAAUUGGAUUUAAGUCUGGACUUUGACUAGCCCACUCCAAAACCUUCAUUAUUAGUAUUAUUAUUUUUUUAAGCCCUUCUGAAGUUGACUUGCUGAUAUGUUUUGGAUUGUUAUCCUGCUGCAGAACCCAAGUGCGCUUCAGCUUGAGCUCACAAACUGAUGGCUGAACAUUCUCCUUCCAUCAAUCACAGCAAGUUGUCCAGGUCCUGAAGGAGCAAAGCAGCACGAGACCAUCACACUACCACCACCAUGUUUGACUUUUGGCAUGAUGUUCUUUUUCUGAAGUGCUGUGCUACAUUUACGCCAGAUGUAACGAGAGACAUACCUACCAAAAAGCUCGACUUUCAUCUUGUCAGUGCGUAUAAUAUUCUUCCAAAAGUCUUGGGAAUCAUUCAGAUGUUUUUUAUUUAUUAUUUUUUUUUUUUACAAAAGUAAGACGAGCCUUUAUGUUCUUUUUGGUCAGCCGUGGUUCUGGCCUUGGAACUCUGCCGUGGAUGUCAUUUUUGCCCUGCAGUUCCUUCUUUAUUGUUGUGUCAUGAACUCUGACCUUAACUGAGGCAAGGGAUGCAAGUUGUCCUGAGUUGCUUCGUGGCCUCUCCGAUGAGUCAUUGCUGUUCUCUUGAGCUAAUCUUUGUAGGCCGGCCUGGGACGGUUCACCACUCUUCCAUGUUUUCUCCAUGUGAGGAUAAUUGCUCUCCCUAUGGUUCGCUGGAAUCCUAAACCUUUAGAAAUGGUGUUUGUAACUCUUUCUAGACUCAAUGACUUUAUUUCUCAACUGUUUUGGACUUUCUUUGAAUCGUGUCAUUUUGUUGCAGCUUUUUCUUUUAGAUCUUUUGUCCAACUUGAUUUUGUCGGGACGGAUUCUGUUGAAGUGAAUUCUUGAUUGAACAAGUCUGGAGGUCGUCGGGCUUUGGGUGUGAUCAGUGAAAAGUAACCAAAAAUUGUGAUUCGCCACGAUGAAUUCCUGAUUUAACAAGAGGGGUAAUUACUUUUUCACACAGGGCCAGGUAACUUUGAAUAUGUUUUUCAUUAGUCAUAGCGACGGGCAAUUUAGAGUUUCCAAUGAACCUAGCACGCAUGUUUUUGGGAUGUGGCAGGAAACCGGAGUGCCCGGAGAAAAGCCACCCGGGCACGGGGAGAACAUGCAAACUCCACACAGGCGGGGCCGGGAUUUGAACCCCGGUCCCCAGAACUGUGAGGCAGAUGUGCUAACCGGUCAUUGACCGUGCCGGCUGAAGUGAAACAGACAAUGACUUUAGUCCAUCUUUUUCCAGAAUGAGAGUGCUUAAAGAGGAGGAUGCUAUUCAUGUGGCACAGCUCGAAGCAGGCAUCAGGUGCAGGUGGGCCAGAUGGGCCUGGCUCAAGUUGGAGGCCAGAACAAAAAAGCAAAGAAAUGAGGCAAAUUUCAUUUUCAUCUUAAAUCUGUACAUUAACAUGUACUUAAGCGGUGCAAAGAAAUGUUUUUCUGCAUUCCUUAUUGUACUCUUUUAGAAGAGGAAUCAUCAUCUUUUAUUGUCAUGAACAUGCAUGCAUGCACAUGAAAUUAGUUCUCUGCAUUGAACCCAUCACAGUGAACACUCUUCAGAGUCUUUAUGUUAAAAAAAGAAAUAACUUCUCUGUGGGGGCCCGGGGAUGCCCCCGGACCUCCCCUACAAUGGCACCUUUUUCAUGCAUUUGGUGUUUGCAUGUCUGAUAUUCCCCCGCGAAAGUUUGGGAGAGGGGGACGGGGGACGGGGACCGUUGGACUCGGUCGGCACAGCCUGCGUCAUAUCCAAGCAACCGACCGCUUUGCUUUAAUGCUGAAUACCAGCAGCAGGGGGCACCAGAAAUCGCAGAGGAUAGCUUUAAAGGAGUGCAGUAACCUUUACUGCUCAUUUUGGAUGCUCCGUUUGUUGUCGAAGAUGUGUGAUUGUUACAGCGUAAAUCUGACUGUUUUCAACGUAGAAAAUCACUCAUUCGUAGAAUUCGGACACAAUACAAAACUAUAUGAACGUGAUUUACUACUGUUUGAAGUAAAUCCGACAAUGCGCUCGCUCUCAGUUUGAACCGGAAAAUGAGACGGCUCGGGAUUGUUGGUUGUUUAAAGCUAGCGAGCUUUGAGUACAUGGCUUAAUGACUGAGGGGUGCUGGGCCACUCGUUUGUGAAAAACGGAUUUCUCCGUAAACUGGUUGGUGGAAUGCUAACAUUCGCUAGAUCUUAUUCAGAGAUUUUCAGAUUGCCAAGAGUUAGACAUCUUUGGAAUGCUUAGAAACUGGAUACAGUAAACGUUCCAGACCUGCCCGCGAUCGAUGAAAAUCCGUGAUAUCGAAAUACGAUUUUUGAAAUUGUUUUACGGCCUUCCGCUUUUGAAACAAUACACAAACAUUUAAACACAGAAUAUAUUGAGCGAGCGAGAGCAAGAAGCGAUGGAGAAAAAAAAUGGCAAAAAAUAUCAAAAUGUAUAACACAUACGCUACACAAAAAAGAAGGCGUUUGCAUCCCAGCGAAACUACCUGUACUAUCAAUUGCCUGAACUGGUUCAAAAGCGAAAUAGCGGGGCUGCGAAGCAUGAACCGCAAUAUAGGGGGGCUUUACUGCAAUGCAUAUUGUAAUCCUCAUCGACAUCAAACUGAAAACUGUUUAGUUUGAUUUCACGUAAGAGUCAGGAAAAAAGGCAGUCAAUGAGCGUAUGCGACCCUGAAGUUAGUUCAAUAAUUAGUAAUUGAGUUCAAUCGGAAAGACUGCUGCUGUGGCAUUUUCUUACCUCCAGCUGGAACGCCACGAUGCCACAUCCAGUAUGGCAGCGACGCGGACGUACCAUUCAGCAUUCAAUGUGUGCUGAAAACCUGUGCAUGCGCGCGCGCGUGUGUGUGUGUGUGUGUGUGUGUUGUUCCGGCUCAGGCCUUUCCGCUGCCGUCGCCCGGACCUUCGCUUUUCGUCACCCUGCCGCAGAUGCCCCCGCCCGUGGUACGACCCGCCGUGUCCUCUGCCUUCUCCCGCAGCCACGCCCUUUCUCCUGCCCAGCUGCCCCUCCGCGCCAGCAGGGGGCACCAAGUGAACUUUCACCUGCCUCAGCCGGGUGACGCCAAAGCCUCACACUCGUCAGCAGCUCCCGGCUGCGUGUCUUACUCGAACGCGACGGCCGCCAAGGUGGUCCUCAGCGUGGACGAGUUCUACUACGGGACAGCCGGCGGGGAGCAGCCUCUGAGGAGGAAGUAUCACCAGGCGCUCAAAGCGGACACCUUCAGCUGCAACAUUUGCGAGCGCGCAGUCAGCGACAACCUCAGGCUGGUGCAGCACACACUUCAGCACUCGCCGCUGAUCCGAGGAGGCGACGACCAGAAAAUGUGCGCCUUCUGCUUCCGCCAGUUUUCCAGCGGCACCCAUCUUCAGGGCCACCGCGAGCGGGUUCACGGCCCCGCCCCCUCCUCUUGUACGUGUCGCAUCUGCGAGUGGGCCUUUGACAACGAGUCGGCGUUCCUCAACCACAUGAAGGCCAAUCACAAGCCGGGGGAGAUGCCGUACGUCUGCCAGGUGUGCUUCUACCGCUCGUCCUUCUACUCGGACGUCCUGCAGCACUUCGCCAGCUUCCACAGAGAUUCGCGCUACCUGCUCUGCGUCUUCUGCCUCAAAGUCAGCAGGAACGUGGCCAGCUACCAGAAGCACGUCCUGCGCCACCAGGCGGGCCAGGCUUUCCACUGCAGCCGAUGUCGCCUGCAGUUUGCCUUCUUGGCGGACAAAAAGCGCCACAAGCUGGAGCGCCACCGCAGCGUCCGCAGACCCGCCAAGUUGGACGGGCUGCCGCUGGGUUCAAAGGUGACCAUUCGCAUGUACGGGAAAAGAAGACUUCCGGCGGCGGCGGUCGGGGGCGGGGCCCGACUCCUGCAGGGCCCCGCCUGCCUCAUCCAGCCCAUCAAGAUCAAGGCAGAGCGGCAGAACGGGAGCCCCCCGCCGGCCGAACCCCCCGGAUCGCCCCGGGUGCAGAGCGGCAGGUUGUCGUGUUUGGAGUGCGGCGGAGAGGUGUCAGACUUUUCGGCGCACUACCCCACGCAUGUGCGCUGCCUGCUCUGCGCUUUCGCCAGCUGCUGCUCUCGCGCGUACGCCGCCCACAUGAUCCGCCACCACGUGCCGCGCUCCGAAGACCGACUUCUUCCUCUGCAUCGGCAGCCCCCCCCCUGUCCUUUCUUCCUGCUGUGUUCCUGCUGCGACUUCGCAUCGGUGUCUGGGGACAAGAUGGCCGAACACCUCCUGGUCAACCUGGAGCACCGGAGCGCCACCUGUCGCUCCAGAGUGUACGUUGAGCCAGACAUCCAGCUGUGUUCAGACGAAGAGACGCCACGCGUGGUCGAGGCCGACGAGCCAGUUCAGAUGGAGGACUGGAGGUCGGCGGCCGGUUGGAAACAACCCGAGGACUACCCGGACGCCAACACCUGCAUUGCGCCGUUCACUCAGCCCUGCGGACCUCGUCAGCCUCUACUGAAGAACGGUGACGCCGUGGAUUUCUUCAAACUGUUGUUCCCCGCGGCGCUGGUAGAACUGAUCACCACCGAGACCAAUGCCCACGCCAAGACCUGCCGCUACUUGGGCUCAGGCUGCCAGGACUGGGUUCCGGUCACCCCCCAAGAAAUCAAAGGUUUCCUGGGUCUGUGCAUCCUGAUGGGACUUCAGAACCUGCCCGAGCCGUCUCAGUACUGGUCCUGCAAUGAGCGUGACGACGGCCCCACCUUCCAGCGUACCAUGAGCCCGGAACGCUUCAAGCAAUUGGCGUCAAACAUCCGCAUGGGAAGCUUCAGCGCCGACGAGUACGAGCGUGGCCGCAAAGCCAGCGACCCGCUGCGCGUCUUCAAGCGCAUGCUGGACAUGCUGAGCGGCGCCAUGUGGGACGCCUACCGGCCCAACUGCUGCCUGACUGCGGACAGAGCGCUGCUUCCCGGUCUGGAGGGGGACCUCAGAACGAGUAACUCCAAGAGCCAGCCUCAGGUGUGGCUGCUGUGUGACUCCAAGUCUGGCUACUGCCACCGCCUCUUCAUCCAGAUGGGCGAGAAGGUGAGCCAGGAGGCGGGCUUUGACGUGGUGCAGGAGCUGGUCAAGGGUCUGGAGAACAAGCACCACCAGAUCUACAUGGCCAACUCGCUCAUAUCCGUCCCUUUGGUGCAGAAGCUUCUGGCGCAGGGUAUCUACGCCUCCAGCUCCUUCCCGCCUCCCAGCCGCAUCCUGCCCGGGGCACUCUGGGAGGAUGGCCGGCUGGACAAACCCGGGGACUUCCUGCAGAGACGCUGGGGUUCCCUGCUGGCCACACGCUGGAGGGACACCAAGGAGAUGGGCUGCCUGUCCACAAAUGCCCAUGCGGGGGAAGCGGACACCGUGUGGAGGCGGUCCCUGACCAAAGUGGGCGGCUUGGAUCCCAUGGCCCGGCCGAUGGCCUUCCGACUCCUGCAGGAGAACAUGCGAGGGGUGGACAUCUGCAAGCAGCUGCUGGCCUGCAACCCUUUGGGUGGAAUUCUGCAGGAUCGCCAUUGGCGCGGUCUCUUCUGGUUUCUAGUCAACCUGAGCGUGGUCAACGCCUUCAUCGUUCUGCGCGAGAGCCGCAAGGGCAGCCCGCCGGCCUGGGUGCGGGACGGCCUCUUCACGCAGGUCACCUUCCGCAGGCGUCUGGGUAUCCAGCUGGCCGAGUGCGCCCAGAAGCUGUCGGAAAAGAGCGGCGCGCGGCGGCCCAAAGCGGAAAGGCCGGAUCGAAACGUCCGACGACGACACCGGAUGGGCAAGGUCGGCGGCUGCUCCGAGAGGUGCCAACACUGCGACGGGACCAAGGACGGCGCCUGGGGCUGCGUUGCGUGCGGAGUCGGGCUGUGCAAAGAGCCGCGAUGCUUCUGGGAGUUUCACGGACUGUCGCCUCGCAACAAAGGCCUAACAGAAGUAGGAUUCCUCGAAAACGGCCAGAGUGGCGAGGCGGAGCCUGACAAAGUCCAUGACCAUCUGGCCCCUCUGGAGGACUUGGACUUCUCUGAAGACGAGGGUCCGGACGAGCUUGAGGAAAGCGAAUGUAUAAAAGAGGAGGUUCCUUCCCCCCCCUCGCCUCAUCCGACAGAUCUCAGCAGCCAAUCGGCCGCUCCCGUCCCCAAAGAGCGAGUGGACUUCCUGUCGGCUCACCAACUGAGGGUGGCGCUUCUGGCUUUAUGCGGCGGACUGCGUCAAGCUUCCAUGGUCUUCGCCACCGAGCCGCAGCUCAUCCGGUUCUGGCUGAAGGAGGCCAGGAAGCAUCUGAAGCAAAAGAACCGUGAACUUGAGGUCCGGGUCCAGGGGGGUGGCGAGGCCUGCCUGGUGGCCUGGGUGCUGAGCCAGCGCGAGCAGCAGCUUCCUGUCAGCGAGAGCGUCUUCUUCCACAAAGCGGCCACGCUUAACAAGAACGGAGAGUUGGGCGACACCUUCCACAUGUCGUACGACUGGGCCGUGCUCUUCAUGCUUCGGUACCAGCUCGGCCCGACGCCCGCAGGCAGGAAAGGGACGCGGGCUCGCGCUCUACCGCCAUCUCUGCAGGCUAGCGUUCAGUCGUUCAAAGACUUCACCCAUAACGUGAUCCGGGUUCACCAUCUAUCCGACAGUUCGGUCGCAGUGAUGGAUGAGUUGUACUUCUUUGUGGAUUUGAGGAGCUUUCAGGACCGGCGUCACCGUGCUGAGGCUUUGCAGUUCACAGGAUCGGUACCGCUGGUCACCGUGUGUCUGUCGGCGCUGGCCGACGGAACCAUGCUGCCCGCCUUGGUGCUGACCAACAGACAGCCAAUCGAUGAGGUUCUGCCAGACUUUGUCGUGCUAGAAGUCACUUCGCAGAACCCGUCCGCUGAGGAGGCCUUUAAGCUCUGGACUCAAAGGAUUUGGCUUCAGCAUAUUUCCGGGCCAGUUCACCACAGGAAGUCCAUGUUGGUGUUGGACCAGCACCAAGACCACGUGGGAGACGUUUCUCUCAGUAACCUGAGCGGCUGGGGCACCCUUCCCGCCGUAAUCCCCGAAGGGUGUUCCUUUCUCCUGCAGCCUCUGGACCUUGGCAUCAAGCCGGCUCUGGAGCGUUUCUUCCGAGCUCGUUGGAACAAGUUCAGUGCAGACAAGCCGAAAGAGCCUGAAGAGGUGGCGCCUGGACAUCUGCAAGACAGCGCUGCUCAGAUGCUGAUCCGCUGGACGGUCCAAGCCUUGACACGUCUCAAAGACCUCCGCCAGCUGUGGAGGACGUCUUUUGAGAUUACAGGGAUCCUGCCAAAGACAGACCCUGGUGAGGAAGUUCCUGACAGAGGGGAGAAACAACGGAACCUUCUGGAGAAGCUUGAAGACAUAAUGCUGCCUUCUGAAGACCGUUUGGACCUCCUAGAAGUAGAAGAUAAAGAGGAUGACGAUGACUCUGAAGACGACCAGACGUCCGAAGAGAAACGCGAAGAGAGCAAAGAGGAGGGUGAUCCAGAAGAAGAAGAUCUAGAGGCUGACACCAACAUGAACCGGGAAAAGAAUAAAGAGGAGGACGGUCAGGAAGGAGAAAAAGAACUGGGGGAAGACACCGAAAUAGAUGGAGGAGACCAGCUUGUGACGAUGGAGGAGGACAGCGAAGAAGAAGUCGAGAAGGAGAACGAGUGCAGGAAGGAGGCUACCAAGGAGCGCAGGGAGACCAGGAUCAUGAUCGGAGAGGAAGUCGGCGACGAGUGGAAGAUAACCAUGAAGACGAGGACGGAGACCAGGAUGGAGGGGUCCCAGACGAACCAGGGCAAGCCUCAACAAAUGGACCAGAGCUGAGGGUCAUUCCAGAUCACUCAAUGUCAUUCGAGGACCCAAAGUGGACCGGCAGGACUGUUGGGAUGCACGGCCGGAAAGGCUUCGAGUGUCCGGCACUUCCGUGACGCUCGCGAUUGACGUUCUAAAAACUUGAUCAUCAUUCAUUUUGACUGCGACGUGUGAAGCAGAUGCCCAAACAUGGAAAGCUAGCUCCUAGCCUCUAGCUACCAAACUGAGCUAGUUCGGGUAAUGCUAAGUCCCUCUCACUUAACGGCACCCAACCCAAUCGGAACGCUCCGUGCAAACUAAUGCGUGACUUUGUUAGCAUCGCUGCAUGCUAACGCUAACUAUAGCAUAUAGCCUAGCUUCCACAAUAUGAGCGACCGGCUCGUCAAAGGUCAAAUGUGAAGUGAUCUUUUUGUUGUGGUUUUGUCACUUCCUGCCAACCAUGUGACAUCGUCGUAGGUCACAUGCUUAUGGUGGGUGGGGCCAAUCAGACACCUGAAUGAUGCUCGUCAUUUCACAUUUGUCAGUAUAAAAGUAUUUUUAUUGUCAACUACUGCUUGUGAAAACUUUGUAGGGAGUGACUGACGGUGUCAGCUUCCAAUCCUAUUUGCGAGUUCUUCUUGCUCAACACAACACGACUAAAAAUAUGAUCUAAAAGCAACAGAGUUCUUGCUGAGAUCAAGUAUUAAAAGCGGCGUUCUUAAAGGUCCCCUUCCAUCAAUGUUUGAAAUUGUUUUUAUUCGAAUUAUUUUUGUUCAAUAAUCUUUAAUGUAUGUCCUUUUUCAAGCUGUACCCACUUAUCGGUAAUGUGAACUGAAGUGACGGUUGGCGGCUGCAAAUAUACGAGAUGAUGAUGUUUUGAUAGGCGGGGUCCCGUUCAAUCACGUCGACUAACUGGCCCGCGGCGUUCAUCUCUUGUGCACGCUUUGCUAUUUAAUCGACAGUUGCAUUCAACAUUACAAAGAGUUCAUUAUUGUUGCGUAACACAGCACAUGUACUGCAUACUUUUAUGAACUGUAUCUGCACGGCUUGGCGGCGGUCACCCGGCCGGGCGGCUCUGUCCAAACCCCGAAAUGCGCUUCCGGCAUGUGUGUGUGUGUGUGUGUGUGUGUGUGUGUGUGUGCGCUUAUUUUACAAAGCCAUCGUCCGUGAAAUGGGACCGGACACGGCACGAUUGUGGUUCCCAAAUACUGAUGAAUUUCCCCCAAAUAAAUUGAAGCCAUUUAUUCCUG